UACCACCGGAAUUAUUAAAGAGAAACACAGUAUUAGCCUCUUAGCACGUCAAAAGGCCUCUUUUUUCUAACAUUAUAAACGGCUAUAAACACUUUAAUCGGACGUCGCCAGUCCUCCAGUUUUUUUGUUUCAGACCGUAUGUUGUCUGACCAACAGAAGCGGGUGUGGAGGUACGUCGAGGGGGGACACGUACUGAAGCUAAAGUCGUAUCUGCGGAAGCACCGGGACUUGGACGUUAACUUCUCCCGGGGCAGGAGGCAGAGGAGUCCGCUGCAGCUGGCCUGCGGCCUGGGCGACGACGCCGUGCUCCGGCUGCUGUUGAAACACGGGGCCGACGUUCUCUACAAGGACCGUAAAGGAGACACGGCGCUGCACAUAGCAGCCAACAGGAGCCUUAAACACGGCAAAGCAGCGUAUGAUGACCUGGUUGUGCCUCUGAAGAACAGCUGUCCAGAAGCCUUAAAUGCGCCUAACAGUGCCGGGGUGACCCCUCAAGACCUGCUCAACUGGACCAAACAUACAACUGGACAAAGCAUGAGUCACGCACGAGAAGCAGACCCUGAGAAGGAGUGGAUGGAGAAGCUGUUUGGUGAAUGCGAGGAUGAAUUCUUUGAAUCAUUUGGAGUAUAUGAUGCUGAUGAUUUUCUUCCUGUCGACGACGACGAGGAAGACUUUGGCGAUUGGGCCGACCGAAUUAGGGAAGAGUAUUUUACCAAAAAGAACGCUGAAGCGCAAAGACUGGCUGGACUGUCCUCUGGGGGGAAAAGGAAGAAGACUAAACAAGAAAGAGAGCAAGAAGAGCAAAGUCGGAAGGAGCUCCAUGAAAGGCUGCAGAGGGAACAUGAAGAGUAUCUGGCUCGAGCGGCGCGUAAAGAAGAUGAGACUCGACGAGGUAAAAAGAGACGAUAUGAGGCAAGAUGUGCAGCUACUUUUAAUGGCGACUCUUCGUCUGGCAGCACAAAGCUAAGCUACAGUGACAUCCCCUGGCCAGCUCCAAAGGGUACAGUGCAGGAGAUGGUGGACGUGAUGCUGCAUGGAGUGGACCGAAAAGAUGUCAGCGUGUUCCAUAAAGUGCUCCGGAAGCAGCAAGUGCUUUGGCAUCCUGAUAAAUUUGCUCAGAGGUGCGAGGCUCGGCUGGAGGAGAAGGACAAACAGAAGAUCCUGGACACUGUCAAAGCUUUGUCACAGGAGCUCAACAGGCUGGCACAGGCUCUGAGGACAUGAAUAUAAUAGGAUGGAGUUUGAUUUAAUGCACCCUUCUGGAAACAGGUGUAUUUAAAAGAAAUAAACUGUGAUAACUGA